AUGACCUUCCAGCACCAGGAGGACACGGAACCGGCGGAUGUUCAACAACUUGAAGAUCAGAUGCGGAUGUUAAACAGCAACGCGGGGCUCAACCAGGAUUUGGAUAUCGAUCAGUUGCUAGAGCCCUUGACCUCGAUGGGGACCAGCAAGGCCCUGGAGAUCCUAUCGCACUUGGAAGAAAAGGCAUCUGAGGUGAAAAACCCCACGAACUACAUCUUGGCGGCAGUGAGCAAACGUGGUAAAGGAAAGGGCAAAGGCAAAGGCAAAGGCGGUCAGGAUCGACGUGGAAAGGGCGUGAUCAAGACCCAUUUGAAGGAGAAGAGGACCUUUGAUCCAGCCAUGGUCGAAAAGGUGAAAAAGAGAAUCUCCUGGCUCAACGACAAAGCAAACCUGAACGAUCAGCUAAGCUAUGACAAGGUAGGAGAGCUGCUGCUGGAAUCCGGGCCCAUUGCGGAGGUGAUGAAGAUCCUGAAGACCUUGGAAGAAAACGCUUCCGAGGUGCGCAAUCCCAACGGCUACAUCACCAGUGCGGCGCGACGCCUCCGUGAGGAAGGUGUGGCACCUGAACCCAAGACAGGCCCCAAGAAACAGGACUACAGGAAUGAGCCUUUGGACAAGCAGUUGCGAGCGCACAUUGUUUGGCUGAACAAAGAGGUUCCGCUGAACGCCUUGUUGGACUAUGACAAGGUGUCUCAGAGCCUGCUGAGCAUCGAGACCGCGGAUGCAGGGGAGAUCCUAAGGCGACUAGAGGAGAGCGCCAAAGAGGUUAGGGACCCGAACGGUUAUGUCAUCAAAGCAGCUCAGCGUGUCAUUGAGGGCGACCAUGGCAAGGGUGGACGCAAGGGGGACCGCUGGGAGGUGCCAGAGCCCCCUCCGCCCACGUCUUCAUCCUCAGUGCGACGGCCUCCGCCACGGCCGCCACCAGCCAGUACGGAAGAUGACAAGAUCGCCAAGCGUGUCCACUGGUUAAAUGGCCACGCCAACUUAUCCUCGCCCUUAGAUUAUGAUCGCUUGGCUUCCUCUUUCCGGAACCUCGGGUACUACCAAUCCUUAGAGGUCUUGAACAAUUUGGAGGAACAUGCAUCCACAGUGCGUGAUCCGACUGCCUAUGUGUUGGCAGGGAUCAAGAAGAUCACACACGAUGGCGGUUCUGCGAGACCAUCCACUUCGCAAGCAUUACCAGCUCCAUCCAAGGGAGGUGGCCGAGGAAAAGGUGGCGAAGACAAACUUCGCCGCCAGAUUGAGUGGCUCAAUGACCGCGUUUGCACCACGGGCAUCUUGCAACUUGAUAAGGUCGUGGCCCCGGAAACUCAGCUGAGCUGCCGAAGAGUCCCACCUUCCAUGGUCAAUACCUUCGGUGGCGAGAACGAUUUGCUAUGCAUAGAGGGGGCCUCCACACCACAAGGGUCUGUGGUUCCGAUGAGCUUUAACCUCUACCAUGUGGCUGGUCUGUUCCCUUCAAUUUUCAGGACCAUUGGACUGGCCACAUUCACCACUGAUUCGGAGGAAACCAUCUCCAAAAGAUCAUCCCCAAAUGACCUUCCCAUGGACGCCACCGGAAAACCCAGCAUGCUUCGCGGCAAGCCGCCAUGGACGCGCCGCCAAGUGCCCGUGCCCGGGAACCCCACGGGAGUCCCAACCGAGGAGGCAGAUCCCCGGAAGCCUGCCCCCUUUGCCAAGGAUCUUCGGGCCAUCGCUAAGGUGAGCAGCACCAGUUCCACAGUGGAACCCGACAAACGUGCCUUGAGUUUGCCACCGCGCGUGGCGGUGGCGGUGCACGAAGCGCAAGCGGCGGCAGGCGCAGUGGAGGAAGGGGGGCAGACGACAUGGCGCUAUGUGAUCCAGUUUGGCAACAACUCAGGUUUGUUGCGCCAACUCAUGCGCUCUCGACGUUUGUGGGCCCCUGCUCCUGGAGAUCCGGGCCAUUCCGCGGGGGGCGGAUCGUACCAGGAGCGUCGGGUGAAGCUGAAAGCAUGUCCAGCUGGGGAGAUUAAUCUCCUGUGGACCCAGUACAGAUCAUUGGCCUUUCUAAACGCCAUGGCUCUGCAGCUCCAUGGUUUGAGGGUGGAACUCAACGAGGAAAAGACCCUGAAACUGAAGGCCUCGAAGGCCGCAGCCAAACAAAGCACCGAUCUUCCACCGGCGCUUCGGUGUCACAACCAUUUUGAAGGCAGUGGGUCCAUUUGCACCAAGAAGGGUCUUUGCGAGGCGAUGUCGACCUUCUUCAUGAACCAGAAUCGCGACCCUUUUGGGGCACUGCCCUUGACCUUCAUCGUGGAAGGGAGCGCUGACCCUCAGUUCACCUUAUUCGAGGAGGCCUAUCAGAACAUGGCCUCGAAGCGGAUUUGGAUCGUGAAGCCAGCUGAGUGGGCCAAUCGCGGCUGUGGCAUCCGUAUCUACAAGUCGGUAGAGGAUGUCCGGGCCCGAGUGGAUUCCAAAGAACGCAGCUGGGCGAUUCAGAAGUACAUCGAACGGCCCUUGCUGAUCCAUCACCGUACCUGGCAGGGCAAGGGGUAA